CUAUUACAACUUCAUUCGAAGCCGAGCAGGCAUAAAAAAGUGGCGGCAAUAAUCAUGUCUCCUGCAGCCGUGAAAGACAAUUGAACGUUCGAAUGCAGGAACCAGAUCAGGAGAUUAAGAUCAAACGCGAGAUGGCUACACAACGUGAGAGUCCAGCGAAUCGUUAUUCGGACAGGGUGACACACGAGACACGGCUCGGUCUUUACCCCGCCAUGGUCUCGCCUUUCAGUUUUGCAAGCAGAUUUCAAUUCGACGCAAGCAAGCGUUACGGCAGAAACCCUGUAUGGUGGCUUGUCCGUCACAUGUGGUGCAAAGAGAGAACCGCAUCGGUGAGACUAGCCGGUGCGUAUGGUUCCCACCUCAUCGAGAUCAAUACGCAGACGUCUACUGGCGAACGAGUUAUUGCCACUGGUCUCUGGGCGUUGGCUUGUGUGAAACGUAAUCGUCAGAGACGUGCUCAGUGCGUGGUUCGUAUGUCUCAUUUCAUGGAGCCCCUCGCGAGACUCGAUGUCCGUCGUAUGCGAGGUAACCAUUCAACUCGGUAGCACAAGAAAAAAGUAAUUUUGAAUUUGAAACGGUGGCAUAUUCCGGGAACUUGAUCAUUCUCGUUCGGGCCGUAGAAGCAACAUUCCGGGUGGCUCUUCAAAGAGUUGAGGUCCCGAGACAGGGAGCCGUCUGCCGUGGCGUUACCGGUGGUGGUAACCUCUGUCCGACGAACUCGUCACUCCACGCC